UGUUACUCGCGGGUGUCCGUAGCAUCACUUCCGGAACACGACGGGAAAGAUGGCGACCGAGUCAAACGAGUCCAAAACGGAUAUUAAUAUCAGUCCUGCGUCUGAAGACGAGUCUGCCGCCCCGGGAGUAAAGGAUCUGCGUCGGAGGACAUCCUGCACAAGUUCAUCUGAGGAUGGAGACAGUGAUGGUGAUGACCGCAGGAGGACUGCUGAGGGCCAGCAUGAGAGUCGUCCUGGAUUGGCCCAACGUGAGGGAUCUGGUUCCAGAGAGGGGAGUCCACGAGCUGGCAGCCCCCCGGCGAGGGUAUCCUCCAGGACCAGGCACAGGCAAGGGUCCAGCAACUCGGACAGUAGUGAAGAUGACAGCGAUGAUGGUGUAAUUCACAGGAUAAAGAGCAGUGUCACACAUAUCAGGCAUACAUCUGAUGAUGAGAGCAAAAACAGACAAAGAAGCUCCUCACCGGACAAGGAUAAAACUCAGAGGUCAAGAUCUCGCUCCAGAUCUCGCUCAAGAUCCCGCUCUCCUCAAGAUCGCUAUGGAAGAAGUCGUAGGUCCAGGGAGCGCGAGCGAGACAGAGAUCGCUACGGAGGCCGUGAUCGUUACGAGCGCCGCUCCAGCAGAGAGAGGGAUUGGGAACACAGGAGGAGGGAAAGGUCGACUUCACCAGCCAAAAGUGAUAAUCCUCCCACAGAGGAGCCUCCGGUGAAGAAGAGGAAGGAGGCUCAGGACCCCAUCCUCACCCGCACCGGUGGGGCCUACAUCCCACCGGCCAAACUGCGCAUGAUGCAGGCUCAGAUCACUGACAAGAGCAGUUUGCAGUAUCAAAGAAUGAGCUGGGAAGCCCUGAAGAAGUCCAUCAAUGGUCUGAUCAACAAAGUCAAUGUUUCCAACAUCGGCCACAUCAUUCAAGAGCUUCUGCAGGAGAACAUAGUGAGGGCCAGGGGUCUUCUGGCUAGAUCUACGCUUCAGGCCCAGGCCGCCUCUCCCAUCUUCACCCAUGUGUACGCUGCUGUGGUGGCCAUCAUUAACUCCAAGUUUCCUCAGAUUGGGGAACUCAUCCUCAAGAGGCUCAUUCUCAAUUUCCGGAAAGGUUACAGGAGGAACGAUAAACAACAAUGUCUCACAGCAUCCAAGUUUGUGGGUCAUCUCAUCAACCAGAAUGUGGCUCAUGAAGUCCUGUGUCUGGAGAUGUUGACCCUGCUGUUGGAAAGACCAACUGAUGACAGCGUAGAGGUGGCCAUUAGCUUUCUAAAAGAUUGUGGUCUUAAACUGACCGAGGUCUCCCCCCGUGGCAUCAAUGCCAUCUUUGAGCGUCUGAGGAACAUCUUGCAAGAGUCGGAAAUCGACAAGCGUGUGCAGUACAUGAUCGAGGUCAUGUUUGCCAUCAGGAAGGAUGGGUUUAAGGACCACCCCAUCAUUCCAGAUGGGCUCGAUCUGGUGGAGGAAGAGGACCAGUUCACACACAUGCUCCCUCUGGAAGACGAGUACAACCAAGAAGACAUCUUGAAUGUCUUCAAAUUGGAUCCCAACUUUCUGGAGAACGAAGAGAAGUACAAGACAAUUAAACGAGAAAUCCUCGACGAGGGAAGCAGCGACUCUGGCGAUGAGGCUGACGGCAGCGGUGAUGAAGAUGAUGAUGAGGAAGAUGAAGAGGCGGCGGCUGGUGAAGACCAAGAGAAAGUCACCAUUUUCGACAAGACAGAGGUGAACCUGGUCGCCUUCCGCCGAACAGUUUACCUCGCCAUUCAGUCAAGCUUGGACUUCGAAGAAUGAGCCCACAAGUUAAUAAAAAUGGAUUUCCCCGAGAGCCAAACGAAAGAGCUGUGCAACAUGAUCCUGGACUGUUGUGCCCAGCAAAGAACAUACGAGAAGUUCUUCGGCCUUCUCGCUGGGAGGUUUUGCCUGUUGAAGAAAGAUUACAUGGAGAGCUUUGAAGCCAUCUGUCAGGAGCAGUACGAAACCAUCCACCGUCUCGAAACCAACAAACUGCGCAAUGUCGCUCGAAUGUUCGCUCAUCUGCUCUACACGGACUCCAUUCCAUGGAGUGUCCUUGAAUGUGUUAAAAUGAGUGAAGACUCGACAACGUCUUCCAGUCGAAUCUUUGUGAAGAUUUUGUUCCAGGAGCUUUGUGCUUAUUUGGGUUUGCCUAAACUGAACGAGAGACUUAAGGACAUGACGUUGCAGCCUUUCUUUGAGGGUCUGUUCCCACGUGACAAUCCGAGGAACACGAGAUUCGCCAUUAAUUUCUUCACAUCUAUUGGUCUCGGAGGUCUCACGGAUGAGCUGAGAGAACAUCUGAAGAACGCUCCAAAGAUGAUCAUGACCCAGACACAGGACGUGGAGUCAUCGGAUUCUUCCUCUUCUUCCUCAUCGUCUUCAGAAUCCUCCUCAUCCUCAGACUCUUCUUCUGACAGUGACAGCAGCGAUUCGUCCAGUGACUCCUCCUCCAGCAGCAGCAGCUCUUCAGACUCUGACUCGAGACGCAAGAAGGUCUCAGGCAAGAAAAAAAAGAAGAACAAGGACAAGAGCUCCAGCAAGGCAUCUAACCAGCGUUCCCCUCUGGAGGAGCGACCGAGCAAGAGGCUCGAGAACCAGCGGCAAGACGGAAGCGACGAAGACCGCCGCAGAUCCGAAAACCACCAGAGAGAUUCCCACCGCAGGGGACGUGCGGGGGAGUCACCUCCUGCUCGACAACGAGGAGACGAGGAGCGUGCAAGAGGACACGAGGAGCGUGCAAGAGGACACAAGGACCAGCAACAUCACAGACACGGCCAGGAUUGCGAGGACAAGCAGCAGGAUUUGCGCAGGAACAAGGAUAACAACAGAAGCGGUUCCCCAGCGGGCAGGGACAAAGACAGACGGAGAAGCAGGGAGAAGGAGCCUCUGCGGAGGAGCAGGGAAAGGUCGAAGUCGCAGGAGAGGAGCCGCAAUGAGAUCGACUCCAGGGACUCCUACAGGAACGGCUUGGAGAGGGCGGACAAAGAGAACAGGCGUUCUCACAGAUACAGCGAAACCAGGAGGAAGGUGGAGAAAGGCAGAGAUGGAUCGCCUAGGAGCCACAGAUAGCCGCUUUGAAGAAGAUCAAAUGAAAAUCGUGAUAGUCGUGUUGUUGUACCAACGUUGAACCUUGCUUUUGUUCACUGUGACUCUCACCUGUGUGCUUCUGCAUAGCCUUUACAUUGCCAUACAGCUUAUUGAGCAAGAACGUUUAUAGUAAUGUGGACGGUCUCCAAGUUCCCAAAAGGAUUUUAGCGGUUAAAGUAUCGGGGACGUUUUGUAUUUUACGUAUCCUUUGCCCAAUUGUGUUUUUUGCUGUUGAUUCAAAAAAAUUGGAGAAACAAGAUUAAAGAUGACAUUUGCCAUACA